AUGAAAGGGAUGAGAAAAAUUUCAAACGGGCAAUUGUACGAAGCAAUCAUCGUGUUUGGCGUUUCGAACCGACGACUCAAACGAGUAGCGGAAACGUCAACCGUCCUGUCGUUACUCUCCGUCACAGACACCAACGACAAUCCACCAACCUUCUUGGAGAGUGUUUAUAGCUUCGACGUCGGCGAGGACUGGGUUCGAGGCUCCCGUGUUGGUGCAGUGGAAGCGGCAGACCCUGAUGAAGGUGAAAACGGACUAUUGUCUUACUCCGUCAUUUCCGACUGGGCUAACGACGUAUUCUCGCUGAACCCUCAGACAGGCGUCUUUACACUCACUACCAGGCUUGACUAUGAAGAGCAGUUGAUUCCUCGAACUAAGUCCAAAAGGUUGCUUCUCAAAUGUGGGCUCACAACAUGGGAAUCAAUUUGCCUAUACAACCCAAAACUCGGCCAUCUAAACGAGUUAGAUGUGACUGGACGGGGUGAGCGCACCCUUGCGUUACCCACGACGUCUUAUUUAUUAUUUGUGUUAGAGAGGAGAUCACGCUUGGAAGGGACAGUUGCUGGAGUGGAGCAAUUGGGUUUCCAUUAUUCUUGCUAG